AUGGCGAGUAUGGAGACAGCCGCCGAACACGAGCGUAUCCUCCGGGAAAUCGAGAGCACAGACACCAACUGUAUCGGACCGACCCUCCGGUCUGUGUACGAUGGUCAGGAACAUGGCCUGUUCAUGGAGAAGCUGGAUGUGCGAAUCCGGAACCAUGACCGAGAAAUUGAGAAGAUGUGUAACCAUCACUUCCAGGGGUUUGUCGACUCCAUCACCGAGCUUCUCAAAGUACGAGGAGAGGCGCAGAAACUGAAGAGCCAGGUGAUUGAGACCAACGGGCGUCUUCAGGAUGAUGGCAAAAUGCUCAUUAGCUCCAUGGAGGAGCUGAAACAAUGUCGGGUGCAGCAGAGAAACAUUGCUACUACCAUAGACAAACUGACGCACUGCCUACCAGUCCUGGAGAUGUACAGCAAACUUCAGGAGGAGAUGAAAGCCAAAAGGUACUACCCUGCUUUGCGGAUCUUGGAGAACCUGGAACGGACUUGUCUUCCGAGAGCGGGUCAGUACCGGUUCUGCUCUAUCAUGGCAGAGAACAUCCCCAAACUGAGGACACAAAUCAGGGACACGGCUAUGAUGCAGCUGAGAGACUUCCUGGAGAGCAUCCGGAAACACUCAGACAAGAUAGGAGAGACGGCUAUCAAACAGGCCCAGGUACAGCGCUCACUGGACAGCUCUGUCUCCACACAGCCAAGAAUCAUGACCGGCCGUCGCAGUAGAAAGGAGGCAGCGGCAGCCGGGGUGGGGACGGACAGCAACACACAUGGUGGCAGUCCAGUUUCAGAACAGGACUCUGGCAUUCUGGAUGUGGAGGAUGAAGAGGAGGAUGAGGAAGUGCCAGGAGCUCAGGACCUGGUGGAUUUUUCGCCAGUUUACCGCUGUCUGCAUAUCUACACUGUGCUGGGUUUGCGUGAUGUGUUUGAGAACUACUACAGAAAGCAGAGGAGGAAACAGGCUCGCCUCGUACUGCAGCCACACUCUAACAUGCAUGAAACUUUGGAAGGAUACAGUCGGUACUUCAAUCAGAUAGUUGGGUUCUUUGUUGUGGAGGAUCACAUCCUUCACACCACACAGGGUUUGGUCAACCGAGCAUAUGUAGAGGAGCUGUGGGAAUUGGCACUGUCUAAAAUCGUCGCCGCUCUGAGGACACACUCAUCGUACUGCAAUGACCCUGACCUGGUGCUGGAUCUGAAAAAUCUUAUUGUCCUUUUCGCUGAUACGCUGCAGGGUUUUGGUUUCCCAGUGUCACAGCUGUUUGACAUGCUGCUGGAGAUGAGGGAGCAGUAUGGAGAAAUCCUGCUCAAGAGAUGGAACAUCACCUUCAGGCAGGUGUUGGAUCAGGACAACUACAGUCCAAUUCCAGUUUCAUCAGAAGAGGAGUACAGACUCUACACUUCCCAGUUUCCCCUGCAAGACCCUGAACUAGAAAAGCUACCGUUCCCCAAGAAGCUUCCCUUCUCUGAGUUUGUGCCAAAAGUCUACUGCCAGCUCAAAGAGUUCAUCUAUGCCUGUCUGAAAUACUCUGAAGACCUACAUCUCAGUUCCACAGAAGUAGACGAUAUGAUCCGCAAGUCGACAAAUUUGUUGUUGACCAGAACCCUUAGCCAUUGUCUGCAGUAUGCCAUUAAGAAGAAGAAUGUCGGACUGGCAGAGUUGGUGCAGGUGAUUAUUAACACCACCCACUUGGAGCAGAGCUGCCACUUUCUGGAGGAGUUCAUAUCGAACAUCACCAAUGUUCCUCCUGACACAGUAAAUGCUACUAAACUGUACGGGACAUCCACCUUUAAGGAUGCUCGUCAUGCAGCCGAGGCGGAGAUCUACACCAGUCUGAACACCAAGAUCGACCAGUUCCUGCAGCUGGCUGAUUACAAUUGGGUGGCUGUGGUGCAGGGAGGCGGGACAUUGGCUGCCAGCGACUAUCUAAUUGACCUGAUGGCUUUUCUGAAGAGCACCUUCACUGUCUUCACCAACCUGCCUGGUAACGUGGCCCAGACGGCCUGCAUGUCAGCCUGUAAACACAUCUCCACCUCCCUGAUGCAGCUCCUGCUUGACCCUGAUAUCAGACAGAUUUCCAUUGGAGCGCUACACCAGUUUCACGCUGAUGUCAAGGAGUGCGAGAGUUUUGCCAGAGCCGGCCCGGUCGCAGGCUUCCAGGGUGACACGUUGCUUCUGGCCUUCAGUGACUUGAGACAAUUACUGGACCUGUUCACUCAGUGGGACUGGUCGACAUACCUGGCUGACUACGGUAAACCCACCUGCAGAUACCUGAGAGUCAACCCACACACUGCACUGGCCCUGCUGGAGAAAAUGAGGGAAAUGAGCAGGAAGAACAACGUCUUUGCCCAGUUAAGGAAGACAGACAGAGACAGACAGAAACUCAUCGACACCAUCAUCAAACAGCUUCGCAACCUCAUUGCACAGCACCACACCUAAAGUAAGUCACCUGAUUGGCCAGCAGGCCCAAACCCACCAUCCAGCUGACUGAUAUCCAACCUGAUAAGAAGCAGAUGACAUAGACAUGUUCUACUCUACUGCAACCAUUGGACGACUGAUGCACCUUAACUUCACUGGACUCCACAAGCUUCACUUCCUGCGAGCGAGGUUCUGCCACUUAUCAGGACUCAAAUGAGUAAUGCUGUUUGUUGCUUUAGUAUUGAGAACUAGGGUUCGAGAAACUGUCCUAAAUCCUGUUUGUUGUUCUAAAUGUCUCUUUGUACACAAGCUGAACUUUAAAAGAAAAAGAAAAAAAAAACGGAAGCUCAUAUUCUGUCAGUUCAUCUAAAUUCGUGCCCAACUGUAAUGAGGUAACCUUACUGGCUGAAGAUAAGCAAGAGUCUAAUUAGUCUGAUGCCAGCACAUCCUAAGAGCUGAUAUUUAAGGAUAAAGGCUGGUGAUAUUCUAUGUAUUUUUUUUUUAAUCAGCAAAUUACAUAAAAAAAGAAUAGAUUCUUACAGUAAGAGAUAUUGAAACAAAAGUCUGAUAUGUCUUCUUCCUCUGUGCCAUGGAGCUCUACUGUUAUUUAAAAACCCAUGACACAUUCAUAACUUAGAAACCAGUGGACUGUUAGUUUUGGUCUUUUCAGAAGAUUUGUUGACAAUAAGAAAUGGACACUCACCUUCUCCCCAAACUUGGAUUUGAUUUUAAUUUUAAAAGCAGCUGGAAUCUGGAAGAGUUCUGACCGGUGUAGAACAAGCAAGUAGAGCAAACAGUUUAAUCAUUGGUUUUAUUUCUAUGAUCAUAUUUAAGCACAUACUAUCAGUUCAGCAGCUUCAAAAUCAGUAAUACAAGCAUUUCAGAAUAUAAAUGAUAAAAAGUA